CCAACCUCAUCCUUGGCCCUUCUCCUCGGGCCAGAACCUUGGAAAAAAGACCUGGUCAGUGUCGCCCCACAUUUGGUUGUCCAUUUGCUGUAUUUGUUACUGUAUCUUCUUCGUGUCCAGGUUUUCGUUCUGCACUUAUAAAGUUGCUUUUGAGUCCCGAAUAAUGUCUUCUCCAUGUCGUGGAUAUUCUAGAACAUUGGUAAGUCUAUCAUGUUUCCAGAUGACACAGUGCUUCUUGACUUACUUAUUUAUUUUUGGCUGCAGACGGUCCAUGAUUCACUUCUUUUGUUGUUGUUCAUACGGAGAAUCAUUUCCAGAACUACUCUGGAGUUAGCAUCAAAGAUAUUGGUCAUUCUUUUGACAAAUUGGUCCACACUUUUUCCAGUAUUUUGUUUACAGCUCUGAAUCUUAGUCCAAUCUAUGCUUUGUCUGUAAUGUUCAGUGAUUUGUUCACAAAGAGCUGUGAGUCUCACUUGGUGUUGUUUGUUCAUGUUGUCUGUAUAAGGAAUCUCCUGAUGAUUGUCUCAGUAGGCAUUGAAAUCACCUUCAACACAGCCCCAGUUGAGGCUCAAUUUAAACCCCAACAAUCAUCUUACUUCACUGAGGGUAUUGUGACAAGAUGUCCGCUCGAGCUCAAGAUGAAGAAGAACAGGAAGACAGACUUCUGGCAUGGAAAGAUCAAGUAUGAGGAUUAUGAAGAAGAGAUUGAAGAUCCAGCAGAUGUGGAGCAAAUGAUUAGAAAAGCUCAGAAUGAAAUAGCUGGGGCCGGCAUGGGCAUCAGUGACAAGCUCAUCAGCCUGGAGGUGACAUCGUCCAACGUUCCUGACCUCACGCUCAUCGAUCUGCCUGGUAUUACCCGUGUAGCAGUCAAGGACCAACCGGAGAACAUUGGAGAACAAAGUAAGAGGCUGAUCAAAAAGUUCAUCACAAAGCAAGAAACCAUCAACCUGGUGGUGGUGCCGUGUAACGUGGACAUCGCCACUACUGAAGCGCUGAAGAUGGCUCUGGAAGUUGAUCCAAACGGCGAGAGAACGUUCGGCGUCCUAACGAAGCCUGACCUGGUGGAUAAAGGCUCGGAGGAGACAGUGCUGUCCGUCAUCAAUAAUGAGAUCAUUUACCUCAAUAAAGGCUACAUGAUCGUCAGGUGCCGAGGACAGCAGGAGAUCAAGGACCAUGUCUCUCUGAAUGAAACCGUCAAGAAGGAAAGAGACUUCUUUGAAGAUCACCCACAUUUCAGCACACUGUAUGACAAAAGAAAAGCCACUAUUCCCAACCUGGCCGAGAAACUCACGCUUGAACUUGUCCUUCAUAUUGAGCGAUGUCUGCCGCAACUGGAGGAGCAAAUCCUGAUGAAGUUGGCUGAAAUUCAGGCUGAAGUGGACCGCUAUGGCUCAGGGCCUCCUACAGAACCAGAACAAAGGAUCUACUUCAUGACUGAUAAAAUCACAGCAUUCACUCAGGAUGCCAUCAACCUGACGACUGGAGAGGAGGUGAAGAGCAUGUCAUAUAUAAACAUCUUCUCAGGUCUGAGGAAGCAGUUUUCUCUCUGGAAGAAUGAUCUAGACAGUGUAGGAGAGACAUUUAACAAGAGGAUUGAGAAGGAAAUGCAGGCGUAUGAGGAAAAAUACAGAGGCAGAGAACUUCCAAGCUUCCUCAACUACAAGACCUUUGAGGUGAUAGUGAAGGGCCCGAUCAAGCAACUGGAGGAACCUGCCAUCGUGAGACUGAAGGAAAUCUCAGAUCUCGUUAAGAAGGAGUUCAUCCAACUGGCUCAAUCCAACUUCCCAGGUUUCCCUAAUCUCUAUAAAAUAGCAAAGACCAAAAUCGAGAACAUAAAGCAGGUGAAGGAGUCAGAGACUGAAUCAAUGCUGAGGACCCAGUUUAAGAUGGAGAUGAUGAUCUACACCCAAGACAGCAUGUAUAAGAAUAACCUGCACAUGCUGAAGAUCAUGGAGGAAGAAGAAGAGAGACAAAAGUUUGGUGUGGCUUGCCCGCCUUCUCAAAGGUUGUAUGAUCACUCAGACAGUGAAGGCACUCUUGAGGAACUGACACGUCACCUGAAGUCCUACUAUUGUAUUGUGACUAAGCGCCUGGCGGACCAGGUCCCUAUGGUGAUCAGGUACAUGAUGCUUCAGGAGUCAGCGGCACAGCUGCAGAGGGAAAUGAUACAGCUCAUACAGGACAGACAUAACAUCGAUGAGCUGCUGAAAGAAGACCAUGACAUCGCCAGCAAACGGAACAACCUGCAUAGCCGCCAGAAACGGCUGACAGAGGCCCUCAAAUACCUGGCUAAAUUUUAGAGCCAAUCAUAAAUUUUAACACACAAUCUGUGUUGGUAAAUUUUGGUAGAAUUCUAGGUUUUAGAAAUGAUGUAACUGUCAAUCACUGAAGGAACUGCAAAAUCCCUUUAUGUUUUUGUUUGUUACUACAUUUUCAAGGAAACACAAAGCAAUUUUCUGGUAAAGCAGUUUCUUUCUGUACUGUGCUGAGUCUGUCAUCUUGGAUUUUUUAAAUGUUUUGUACUGCUUUCUAGUCCUUAAUACAAGUUACACUUCCAAAUAAACAAUUUUAACGGCAUUUAUAACGCAUAUUAAGCACAUUAUGAUUUCUUAACAUUUACAUUAUGGAAGCUGCAUCCUAUGCUUUUACUUUACUUAAAACCAUCAACGAUGCAUUUAUAAACGUUAGUAAUUGUAUUAUAACUCUCAAUAAGUAUUUAUAAACCGGCACAACAUAACUCAACAACAAUAUAAAAUAAUUCACUAAUUGGACCUAGAAAUAAAUCUGCAUUACCAAUAAGUAAUUAUAACUAUAAUAUAAUAACAUUAUAAAAAUGCAGGCUGUAUUUUUAUG